AUGAAGCAAGAUUUAUUGCCAACAUUGAUAAUGGUACUUGUGCAAUUUGAGUUUGCGGGGAUGAACAUUUUCUCCAAGAUUGCUAUGGAUUCAGGGAUGAAUCCUUACGUCCACGUCGCCUAUCGUCAAACCUUUGCUUUCAUAUUCCUUGCUCCUCUGGCUUAUUUCAUGGAAAGAGGUAUAAGACCUCCAAUGACAUUGCCAGUACUCUUCCAAGUCUUCUGCUGCUCCAUUUUCGGGUUAACUAUGAAUCAAAUCACAUACUUCCUUGGUUUGAAGCACUCAACACCAACCAUUGCGUGUGCCUUAUCAAAUCUACUUCCCGCUAUCACAUUUGUCCUCGCGGUCAUUUUCAAACAAGAACACGCAAAGAUGAGGACAUUAGGUGGACAGGCAAAGGUGGUUGGAACAGUACUUGGGGUCGGGGGUGCAAUGUUGUUAUCUUUGUACCAUGGACCUGUUGUUCCCAUUGGUGAAUCGGGCAUUCAGUUAAGAGCAGCCGCAAACAAUGCUACUUCUAAUGAGGUUGGUGGUCGAGGGAACAACCUAAUCGGACCCUUUUUAGUCAUCGUUAGUGCUUUAACUUGGGCAAUAUGGUUCAUCAUUCAAGCAAAAAUGGGCAACAAGUACCCGGCUCCGUAUUCAAGCACAGCUUUGAUGUCGGGGAUGGCAACGAUUCAAUGCAUAGUAUUCGGCCUAAUCAUGGAACCACACUUACAUGAAUGGUCAUUGUAUCCAGGCAUCAGGGCCUUGGCAUCCGUCUAUGCGGGAGUGGCAUGUUCAGGAAUAGGGGUUUGUAUGAUGUCAUGGUGUAUCGAUAGGAAAGGACCCCUCUUUGUUUCGGUGUUUAGCCCAUUGUUGUUGGUUAUUGUUGCAGCGCUCAGUUGGGCUUUUCUACGUGAGAAAUUAUACCUUGGAACGGUGUUAGGGUCGGUGCUGAUUGUGAUGGGACUAUAUGGAGUGCUAUGGGGAAAGACCAAAGAAGUUGAGCCUAAGACUAGACAAUACCAACAACAACAACAACAUGAACAAGAAAUAUUGCAGCUGGAGGGCACCAAGCAGCAUCAAGACAUGGAGAAUCCAGUGACAAUUAAUUAUAAUUAA